AAAAAAUAUACGUUGGGAUAUUUUUUAUUGUGUGUUUAUAAAUUAGAGACAAAAUGGCCAAAAUUAAACAAGAUAAGUCAUUAGGCUCUAAAUUUGGAAGGCCCGAUUUGGAAAGAGUUGGUCUGUUCUCAGAAAUGCCAUAUAUGCACGGUGUUAAAUAUCCAUGGCCAAAACCAGACUAUUUAAAAGGCAAAAAUUUUAUAGCAGAUUCCCUCAAAAUAAAAACAGGCAGAGCAGAUUGUUAUUUCGAAAAAGAAUUUAAAAGAAUAUAUACCGGAGAAGCGAUAAAAGGGAGAGGUAGAAAGCAAAAAGUACCAAAGGGUAAAAGUAUACAUAGUCGUGACUUUAUACCAUCUGGACCUGCAAAGAAACAUGCUACGCCAGGUGACUAUUAUGGUACAUUUGAAAAAGUUUCACAUUUCAGAACCGUUUGUGCUCAAUAUCUGCGCUAUAUUCGUAAUUUUCGACAACCAUGGUAA